AAAGCGGCCUUUGCUUCAAAUCUUUCCUUCUACCUUCUGAUACCAAUGCUCCAACUCCCUUCCUCCUGAUGCAAAUGUCUCAACCGCUCUGCUCAGUUCUCUUUCCUCCACCUACAAAUCGCUCGCCUCGUUCCGAGAUGCAGUCAUCUGUUGCUUUCAUUUUUCUGAUGCGCUUUGAGGGAAGGAAGAGGAAGCAUGGUGGAAUCUGGCGUUCCUCUCUGCAGCACCUGCGGCGAUAUCGUCGGAUUCAUCUCUUCGUCGAGCGGGGAGGCCUUCGUUGCAUGCCCUAGCUGCAAUUACCCGCUAUGCCGAUCCUGCGUUGAAGAAGAAAUCAGAGAAGGUCGGGAAAGCUGCUUGAGAUGUGGCGAGCUUUAUGGUCAUGUUGGAGGGAAAGAAUCCAUGAAAGACCUGGAAUCAGGGGAACAUGUAACCUUGUCAUCUCAUCUCCAAGAUGACCAGGUUGGUGCAGUUCAUGCUAGAAACUUCAGUAAUCUGUCAGCGACAGAGAGUGAGUUAAAUGAUGCGUAUGGAAACCCCAUAUGGAGGAACCGAGUACAGAGUUGGAAAGAGAAAAAAAAUUCAAAGAAAGAGAACAAGAAGGAAUUGAAGAAGACUCAAGUCCCAUCGGAACAGCAGAUGGAAACCAAAGAGUUCGAAGAAGCCGGGCAACCAUUUUCGGCUAUAAUUCCGAUAUCUCGUAAUAAGCUCACGCUUUAUAGGGCUGUGAUUAUAAUGAGAUUAAUAAUUCUUGGGCUCUUCUUUCAAUAUAGAAUCACAAAUCCUGUUGAUAGUGCUUAUGGUCUAUGGUUGACUUCGGUCAUUUGCGAGGUCUGGUUCGCUUUCUCAUGGGUUUUGGAUCAGUUCCCUAAGUGGUCUCCCAUUGGAAGGGAGACAUACAUCGACACUCUUGCUGCAAGAUAUGAAAUGGAGGGCGAACCUUGCGAGCUUGCCGCCGUCGACUUCUUUGUUAGUACUGUGGAUCCAUUAAAAGAGCCUCCUCUAAUUACUGCAAAUACCGUUCUCUCAAUUCUAGCUGUCGAUUAUCCCGUCGAAAAAGUGUCUUGUUAUGUUUCUGAUGAUGGUGCCGCCAUGCUCACCUUCGAGGCCAUGGCAGAAACUGCUGAGUUCGCGAGAAAGUGGGUUCCUUUUUGUAAGAAGUACUUGAUCGAACCUCGUGCCCCUGAGUUCUAUUUUUCUCAGAAAUUUGACUAUUUGAAAGAUAAAGUGCAGCCAUCUUUUGUCAAGGAACGCAGGGCAAUGAAAAGAGAUUAUGAAGAAUACAAAGUGAGGAUAAAUGCUCUGGUUGCUAAGGCUCAAAAAACACCUGAGGAUGGGUGGGUGAUGCAAGAUGGAACUCCUUGGCCGGGGAACAACACUCGUGAUCAUCCCGGCAUGAUUCAGGUGUUUCUCGGUCAUAGCGGUGCGCAUGAUAUUGAAGGAAAUGAACUUCCUCGCCUCGUUUAUGUAUCAAGAGAAAAGAGACCUGGAUACCAACACCAUAAGAAAGCUGGUGCAAUGAAUGCACUUGUCCGAGUUUCCGCCGUUCUGACAAACGCACCAUACAUUCUUAACCUUGACUGCGAUCACUAUGUCAACAACAGCAAAGCGGUCCGCGAAGCCAUGUGUUUUAUGAUGGAUCCUCAAGUUGGUCCACAGUUAUGCUACAUACAAUUCCCUCAGAGGUUUGAUGGAAUCGAUCGAAGUGACCGAUAUGCCAAUCGGAACAUCGUCUUCUUCGAUAUCAACAUGAAAGGACUUGAUGGGAUCCAAGGACCAGUUUAUGUUGGGACUGGUUGUGCUUUCAAUAGACAAGCACUUUAUGGUUAUGGGCCUCCAUCUUUACCUGCCCUUCCAAAAGCUUCUUUCUGCUCCUGGUGUUGUUGCUGCUGUUGCUGCUGUGCUUCUAAGAAAGCUCCCAAGGAUAAAAAUGCAAUUUACAAAGAUUCUCAGCGCGAAGAUCUUAAUGCUGCCAUAUUUAAUCUCAAAGAAAUAGACAACUAUGAUGAACAUGAGAGAUCAAUGUUGAUAUCCCAUAUGAGCUUUGAGAAGUCCUUUGGUCUGUCUACUGUGUUCAUAGAAUCUACACUGAUGGAAAAUGGCGGCCUGCCGGAUUCCGUAAAUUCGUCGUCGCUGAUCAAAGAAGCGAUUCAUGUUAUUAGCUGUGGAUAUGAGGAGAAAACUGAAUGGGGGAAGGAGAUUGGUUGGAUAUAUGGAUCUGUUACAGAAGACAUUCUUACCGGAUUCAAGAUGCAUUGUCGCGGCUGGAGAUCGAUCUACUGCAUGCCAUUAAGGCCGGCUUUCAAGGGCUCGGCGCCAAUCAAUCUUUCCGAUCGUCUUCACCAAGUUCUCCGGUGGGCUCUCGGCUCCAUCGAAAUCUUCCUCAGCCGCCAUUGCCCGCUCUGGUACGGAUACGGAGGCGGCCGCCUCAAAUGGCUGCAGAGAUUGGCUUACAUAAACACCAUUGUUUAUCCUUUCACUUCCCUCCCCCUUGUGGCUUAUUGCUCAUUGCCAGCUAUCUGUCUUCUCACUGGGAAAUUCAUCAUACCAACUUUGUCCAAUGUUGCUAGCAUGCUGUUCCUCGCCCUCUUCAUCUCCAUCAUCCUCACCAGCGUCCUGGAGCUCCGCUGGAGCGGCGUCAGCGUGGAGGACUGGUGGCGCAACGAGCAGUUCUGGGUCAUUGGCGGCGUCUCCGCCCAUCUCUUCGCCGUCUUUCAAGGUUUUCUCAAGAUCCUCGCCGGCGUCGACACCAACUUCACCGUAACAGCAAAAGCCACCGAUGAUUCCGAGUUCGGCGAACUCUACCUGUUCAAGUGGACCACAUUGCUGAUCAUCCCCACCAGCCUCAUCGUCCUCAACAUCAUCGGCGUCGUCGCCGGCUUCUCUGACGCGCUGAACAGUGGCUACGAAGCAUGGGGGCCUCUGUUCGGUAAGGUCUUCUUCUCCCUCUGGGUCAUCCUUCAUCUCUAUCCUUUCCUCAAGGGUUUGAUGGGACGCCAGAACCGAACCCCCACCAUUGUUGUGCUCUGGUCCGUGCUCCUCGCUUCCGUUUUCUCGCUUCUGUGGGUGAAGAUCGAUCCCUUCAUCAGCAAUACGGAGAGUCCUUCGAGCUCGCAGGGCUGCAAUUCAAUCGACUGUUGAUGCGUCGCUGAGAGGUAGAGACGAUGUGCCCUUUCUUGAAUUGCGCUUCAGAUGUUUGACUGAAUUCGUGAGUUGUGUGGUUUUUUUGUAAUUUUUUUAUGUAUUUACAUCUUGGAAGUGCUGAUUUUGAUAUUUAUACAAAUGAAACUUUUAGCGUAUCGUAAUCUAAAAAAUAUUACAUCCGAAUAACCUGCAUCAUGUUUAGAUGCGGAUGAUAGGUACAACAACACCGCAAUACUACCAAUAACACCUAAAUACUGCUAUUCGCACAUGAAAUUAAGUCAGGACUCCUGAUGUAAUAUUUUCUAGUCGUAAUCACAUCAAUGCUCCAAAAGAUGUAUUUUUAGUUUACAAAAACUAAUAGGCAUGAAAAAGUGAAUAUAAACC